AUGACACCGCCGCGAGAGAGUGCGUCGUCUGGUGACGGCGAGGCUUCGAGGUCGAGCGGGCCUCGACGGAAUCCGCCACUCGUCAUCGUCUCAGAGCGAGGCAGACAUAGCGAAGCCUCUCGCAGGAUCGUCCGUGCGCAGGCCGCGCGGGCGAGCGCCGCGCAGAGCAGGGAGACCAGAGCUCGCAACCGUGAAGACCGACAUCAAAGGGAUGGUCCUCAGUCGCCACCUGAGAACAGCCCUCCUCCGCCGCGUAACGUCCAGUCGCCCAACGCACUUAACCCGAAUGUCCAGAACCGAUCAUAUAUCCCUGGCGCACAGGAGGACAGUCAGCGGGAGGCCAACGACCAGGACCAGAGUCAGGAUCAAUCAGGCAAUCAGGAGAGCUCCGAGGAAGAGGGCCCGCUGGCCCCGUUGAAGAAUUGGAUCAUCAAUGUGCUGCACCUCUCGGCCAAUUCAUUCGCAGCAAGUGCUGCCAUUCUUGCCAGCACAGGCCGGCCGCAGCUGGGCAAUGCCAGUGAGGUCCUCUCCACGGCGGGUGGUUUCCUUGCACACAGCGGCUCCGCUAUGGAGUCCAUACAAAUCUCGGGCGGGCUCUUCAAUCGCCGACUGCCAGUCGCGCUUCCUCGCGGGUUCGCCAACUUGCAGCAGCGGAUAGCGAUCUCGGAUGCCUUUCUGGUCAUCAUCAGCCGUACGGCGUGCUUUGACUUCGCCAGUCCAGGAGUGGAAAACAGGCUACAUGAGCUACUCUUCGACAUAGUCAUGACCUCUGCAACAGCGACCUUGGCCAACACCACUCAGCCGGGUCAUUCGAUCCAGUCUCAUCUCCGCAUCGCCUGUACAUGCCUGACCAUUUUCCAGGGGCAGAGAGCAGAUGGCAUGGCGUUCGCGCACGAUCAGAAGUACUCGUUUGGCCUCGAAGCCGCCUGGUCUGAAGCUACUGUACUCGACCAGAACGCUCUCAAGGAGCCCAAAUCGGCCGAGGCAGCGCUUUGGUCCCUGUUCAUCAUUAGCGUAACAUGCAACUCGACCGUUCACUUGCUACAUUUCCAACAACUGCUGUGGGGAUUGUUACAGGACUUGCAGCUCCGGUACUGGGAGCAAGUUCGGAAUGUCCUGCUGGACUUCAUAUAUCCUGGCAGCUUCUUGGAUGAGCCUUGCAAGGCUUUCUACGACCAGCUGCAGAAUGGUCAGGUACAUGCAGGGCCAUUGGUGACGAGCUGA